UAAAGCACACAUUGAAACAUUUUGAUGACCCCUCGAAUGCUGUUGAUUGUCGAAGCAUGUCCGCAAUUUUGUUGCAGCAACAACGCGUGCGAUGCUUUAGAAAAUCAAUUAUUGGCGCUAGGACUGCCACAGAAAGGUGCAUAACUUUCAUGAGUCGCGAGCUGGCAAAUAAGAAGAGUGCCCCUGCCCCGCUGCGCUCGCAGAGACUGCUCUGCGAGAAUCUGGAGCUCGAGAAAUGGCGGCGAGCUCCAUCUCUGCCUUCCGAGAGCAUUAUGCGCCACCAAAGACCGGAACUGCCGGGCGAUGAUUAUCGCAUCUAUCAGCAGAACAUUGAUCUGGACUCCUUUUUCGGGGACCAGCCGAAAUACGAGAAGGUAUCGGACGUCUGUCUCGUCAACGAUCACUACAUGCUGGUGAAGAUGCCCGACUCUGAGCCGCAGUUGCUGCGACGGGAAACCCAAGCAGCCGAAGCUAUCGCUCUAUCGAACGGUGUGAAAAAAUCUAGAUGGGGCUCAGGUCCCAAGAUGCCUCGAUGCUUCAAAUGCAAUCGCAGCAGCCGCGUUUCACCGAUCCUGGAGGAACUGGAAGAUGCCGCAGACCCACAACAGGGCCAAGUUGUCGCCAAAACUUGGACGGCCUGCGACGAUGUUGAAGUUUUCGAGUCCAGCACUCGCAUCAUACAUCCUAAGUCGCCUAGCCCUUUGAUUUUUGAGCAGCCAAAGAAUAAUUCUGUUGAAACUAAUCUUCAACUAGAGUCCAACGCACCGCCCCAGCCCCAUCCUGUGGUGCGCAGCGCCCUGUACUGGUUCCUGUGGCCAUUUCGCCGGCGAAGCGGAAGCAAUGCAAGGACAAAGGUCAAUGCCGCCGUUCAUAAAACAUAUUUUGUGCGUUGGACCAAGCCACCAGACACCCUCUGGCAAGGCUAUGGUGUGGAACGUGCCGACAAGAUCGCCAUACGUCGCUGUCGUUCCGCUUUAUUCUAGAGGUUGGACUGAAAUCAACAAGGCAGUCUUGGACUGCUUAAGCUAAGUAAGAAAACUGUGGGUCCAGCCAAACUUGUUAACAUGGAAUUUGCUUAUUGGUUUCAUUAUAAUAAAUAGUAACUUAUUCA